AUGGCUUCGUACGUCUCGCACAUGCUCGAGACCGUUGACAUAUUACUGACAGACCACAGGAAUCUCCUCGAAAUCCCCUUCCGUCGGACUCACUCUGUGGAUCUAUCCUCCGCCAUCAAGCAGUACAUCUCCACGAAAUAUGAUCAGUCUCCGGAUAUGUUCGCAGAUGACCUGCGAGACAUUGACCGCCUACGAAACGAUGCCAUAAACGUCCGCGAGCCUCAUGUCAGCGGUAUCAAACGCUUACAGAUAUAUGCCGCUCAGCUGCGGUAUCUGGGUGGGAAAUUUCCCAUUGAUGUUGGCGUCGAUUUCCCCUGGUACCCCGCGAUAGGCUACGAUCGAGACAAGCCCGUACUACAGAACAACCUACGAUUCGAGCUAGCGAAUAUACUCUUCAAUCUUGCGGCCCUAUAUUCACAACUUGCGUAUGCCACGAACCGGACGUCGAUCGAUGGGCUCAAAUCUGCCGCCGAAUAUAGUAUCGCAGCCGCCGGGACCUUUUCCUUCAUACGGACAGAUAUCCUUCCUGAUAUGCGCUCGACGCCACCGGAAGACAUGGAUGAUAUAACUUUGGACAGCUUGCAGCAACUGUGUUUGGCACAAGGGCAAGAAUCCUUUUGGCAGAUUGCAAUCAAGAAGACCAUGUCGGACGGCACGGUAGCGAAGCUCGCAGCGAAGGUCUCCGACUACUACAUCUUUGCGGCGGAUGCCGCACGCCAGUCCAGGGCCGUGAGCGCGGAGUGGAUACAUCAUUUCCAAGCGAAACAUCACCAUUUCGCUGCCGCCGCUCAGUUUCGACAAUCUCGAUAUUGUCUGCAAAACAAGCAAUAUGGGGAGGAGAUUGCCAGGCUCAAGGAUAGUCUCACCUGCGUCAACGAGGGUCUUCAAGAAGCCCGAUACAUCAAUGCUACGGUGACCGGGGAUCUCAAUGGUCUCAAGUCCAAGGUCACUGAAGAGCUGAAGAGGGCCGAAAAGGACAAUGAUCUGAUCUACCUGCAAACAACUACGCCCAAAUCAGAGCUCAAGCUUCUGGACCGAACAAAUAUGGUCGCUGCAAAAGCACCGGCAGAUAUCGUCAAUGGCAUUUCUCUGCUGGGUGACGGAAAACCUUUCGGCAGGCCGUUAUUCGAAAAACUUGUUCCUUAUGCUGUCCACCAAGCAGCAUCAAUAUACGCCGAUCGCCGCGACCGCCUCGUCAACCAGUCCAUCGUCGUCGAUCUUGAAGCUAUGACAGCUAGACUGAGAGAAAUCCUGCAAUCGCUCGAUUUACCCGGGUCACUACAGGCCCUCGAAAAGCCACUCGGCUUGCCCGGCAGCCUGGUUUCAAAGGCCGAGGAGCUUCGACAGCAGGACGCGCUCUACAGAAUCAAGAGAUCAAUGGAAGAUACGACGAAGUUAAAGACGAACGAUCUCGCUAUCUAUCAGGAAGGCGUUGCAUUGCUCGAGGCCGAGAAAGCCGAGGAUGAGCGUGCUCGAGCAAAGUACGGCACGGACAGAUGGGCGCGCCCACCUUCUACCACUGCUCUAGCCAAGUUGUAUCAGACCUCAAACGAGCUCCAGACGUAUCUAAACUCUGCCGCCUCAAGUGACAACUUGGUGCAAGCAAAGUUCCGGGAGAACGAGCAUAUCCUCAAGAUUUUGACUGGUACAAAUCGCGAUCUCGAACGAUUCGUCCCCUCCUCCAGUCAAGUUACCAUGACACCGGCCAUCGAGCAAGCCGCGUCUCGAUUACGGACAUGUCUGAACGAGGUCUCCCGCUUAGAGACUCGGCGAAAGAAUCGCAUUGCGGCUCUGAAAGAGAAAGCCAAGUCUGAUGAUAUCGGACCGGCUCUGCUCGCCGAAGCAGCUCGCCUGGAGCGGGAGUAUCCCAUGCAGAAGAUCGAACCAGGUCAAUUCGAGAAGCUGUUCGAAACACGCCUACAGGCUUAUGAGCCUGAUCGCGAAGCUCUUGUCACUGAACAAGAAGAACAAGACCAAAUUAUCGCUCGAUUGCGCGAAGCAAACAAAGCAUUUUUGGACGCUCGAAGGGGUGACACCAGUACCAAGGAUCGCCAAAAGGCUCUACAGACGCUGGACACAGGCUAUGCCAAGUACAAAGAGCUCAUUAGUAACUUGGACACUGGAAGAAAGUUCUACAACGACCUUGCUGUUCAUGUGACACGUUUCCGAGACAACUGUAAAGCACAGGUCUCAGAGCGCAGGAUUGAAGCCAGUCAGCUUGAAGCGGAGCUUGCUGGUCAAGAUAUGGGCAGGCUCAAUCUUCAGGAGACAAGGAGGGAACUAAGGAGUCAGAAUACAGCGCCGCAGACGAGAAGCCGUCCGCAACAACAGCCACCUGCAGAGACUCAAGAAGCACUGACGGCACCGGCGCCAACAAGGAAUCCGCCUCCUGGAGGAGUUAUGCCCUCCACUUCGCCCUUGCCGGUUGGCGUUGCGGGCGGCACGAUUGGUGGUGGAGGAAUUUGGACACCAGACAUGGGCAUCAGAUUUGGGGGAGCGCCAAAUCAGCCUGGGCAGGCGGGUUAUCCUGUCCCAAGACGACCAUGA